CUAGAGUGGAGCUCAUUUUCAAAGGAUUUCCAAAAUGAAACACCAACAAGUUACGGUGGACUAUUGGACCAUGUUUAAGACAUCGGGAUUGUGUCUUUUACUGGCCAUUUGCGGAUUUGUACUUCUUAAAAUGGUGCAGACCAUUUUCUGGCUACCUGGACAUCUGAAGAAGAACCAGCAGCGCCUGGAGGAUCUGGCCAAAAUCUAUGCCAAGGAUAUUAGCGAGGAAGAGAGGGACGAGAUCGAGAAACUGUUCAACAGUAAGGAGCCGCUGACUGAAGAACGAAUCAACCAGUUGCUCGACAAGCCAGAGACUUCAGAGCCAAAAAAGGAGCAAUAGUUAAAUAAAUUGAUUCGCAUGUUUUAUAUAUAUAUAUAUAUAUUUAUGUAUAUUGAGUGUAUAAUCGAUAAUUUGUUGAUACAGGUUCUAGUUCUUACUUGCAUAUCGUAUAUGUAACUCGCAACACAAUCAAUCGUUUAACCAAUCCAUCAAUAAUGCCUGUAACGCUCAAUUAUUCAGGGAGGGGGACAACAAAUAGAAUAAUAACUAUUCACGAAAGUCGCUCGUCUGUGGAGCGGUUACAAGUU